UAUGUAUCUCACUCGCAUUCCCAUAACACAGCCAUAUAGCUGUGCUGUCACACAACAGCAGCAACAGCAGCAGCCGCAGCCGCAGCAGCUAUCACACAAAUCGACUGCAGGAUACACACAUCAGAAUAAGGAUAGAUUUCUACAAGUAAGUAGCUGGUUGGUUCCCCUACUUUUUGUCAAUUCUUCUCGACACUGACAGAAACUACCUGAGAGGAAGUUUGAAACAUUGCCUCACUGAAUAUUUUCCUUAUUUAAUACUGAUUUGAAAUUCAAAAGAGAUAAAAUAUCUUAACAGCUUCAUACAAACAAGGAGUUUUAUCAACUCUCAACUACAGAGUUGAACAUAAUUUUGUUAGGAUCUUUCUAACAUUUAUCCUAUCUUGGUACAAUUGGAAAAAAAAAAAAUUAUAGUUUGGGCAUUGCACAGAUUGAUUCAUUCAUUUCUCUUGUGACUAUUCCCUGUAACUUGGAACUUGUUAAACUUUGUACUACCCAGAAUAGCAUCAAAAGAAAUAAGGCAUUUAGAAACAUUUUAAAACAUCUAAUGACUGGAAUUUAAAUUAGAAUAUGUUAGUUCAAAUUAGUAUUCUCAUAUUUACAUUGAGAUUUUGUAUGUCCAUUGAUCUGACCUACUAUAUAAAUGAAGGCAAAAGUCCAGGUACAUACAUUGGAGAUAUUGCAGCUGAUACUAUGUCAUAUGAUAAAAUUCCUUCCAAAGAUCAUAGUCAGAUAACUUUCAGUCAACUUCAACAAGAUUCCUCAACUGGUUUACGAUUAUUCAAUGUAUCAAAAGCAGGCAGACUAUACACAGUGGAAAGACUGGAUGCUGAAUCAAUUUGUAAAUAUAAUGUUGAAUGUUUCAAGAUUGUGGAAGUUGCAGUGAAACAAGAUGAGUCUUUCAUCAAAAUAUUAGAAGUUAAAGUAAUAAUUAAAGAUGCUAAUGAUAAUGCCCCUGAAUUCCCAGUAAAAAUGGUGGAGCUAAAGUUUUCUGAAGGAGAUGGAGAAGGAAUGAAAAAAUUUAUUCCAAAUGCUAUAGAUAAAGAUGUUGGAGUGCACAACUCUCAAAUUACUUACAAUUUAAGGAAGAAUGACAUUGAAGUUCCAUUCAAUUUGACAGUGUCAAAGAAAUUAGAUGGAACAGCAAAACUGUUGAUAAUUCUUGCCAAAAGACUUGACCGAGAGGUGAAAGACACUUAUAUGCUUCAAGUUAUAGCUAAAGAUGGAGGAUCACCAAUGAAACAAAGCAUACUGAGUGUUAAGAUAUUAGUGGCAGAUGUUAAUGACAAUCCCCCAGUGUUUACACAGAACAUUUAUAAUGUAUCUCUCCGUAAUACACACCAAAUAAGUGUUCCUAUUGCAAAAUUAUCAGCAACAGAUUUAGAUGCUGAUAAAAAUGGUCAAGUAUCAUACCAUUUUAGUUCCAAAACAUCCGAUCAAAUAAUGAAAAAUUUCCAGUUAGAUAAGAAAAGUGGAGAAAUCUUUUUAUCUGAAACGUUUUCUUUCCAAAAGAGAUUGACCUAUGCACUUUACAUAGAAGCCAGAGAUGAAGGAAACCCACCAAUGAGCUCAACAGCUAUCCUUCAGGUCAAUGUUAUCAACCAACAAAAUAAUGCACCAAGUAUGGAUGUCAAGUUUAUGUCUGAAUCUGCAGACAAUCUGGCAACCAUUUCUGAAGGAGUGAAAGUUGGAAGUUUUAUCGCUUAUGUUAAGAUUAUAGACAAUGAUAUUGGACAAAAUGGCAUUGUCAGCUGCAGCUUGGUUCAUGAUAAACUCAAACUUCAGAGUCUUGGUAAAAAAAAGUACAAAGUAGUUGUUAAGAAAGCUGUCGACAGAGAAACAGAGAAAAAUAUUAAUUUUAUGAUUACCUGUCAAGACAGAGGAUUUCCAUCUUUGAAAAUUGAAAGGAAAUUUUCUAUCCAAAUUACCGAUGUCAAUGACGUACAACCAGAGUUUACAAAGGACACCUUCAAGUUUCUGACAUAUGAAAAUGAAGAAGCUAACUUUCCCGUUGGUUUCAUUAAUGCUACAGACUUAGACCUUGGAGAAGGAGGGCAACUUGUAUAUUUUUUAGACAGAAACAAUGCGCACAAUAUCCCAUUCAAAAUAACAAACAAUGGCUUUAUUUCAACAAAAAAAUCAUUUGAUCGUGAACAACAAGAAAUAUAUGAAUUUAAAGUAUUAGUAAAAGACUGUGGAACUCCGCCUUUAAGUAGUUCAGCAAAUGUUGUGGUAGAAGUCAUGGAUGAAAAUGACAAUGCACCAUAUUUUACCUUUCCCAGUGUAAACCCUUUCAGUUUAGAUGUCCAUUACCAUCCUCAGAGCAGCAAUGACAUCACAACACUGAGAGCCUCUGACAGAGACAGACGAGAAAACGCAUUCCUUCAGUAUGAAUUAUUUAGUAGCCAAGGUAAAGAUUUAUUUGGUAUUAAUCCUUACACUGGUGUUUUAUCAUACUCUCGACCAGUUUAUCAAAAUGAUGCAGGAUUAUACGAACUUCAGUUUACUGUGAAAGACAGUGGUACUCCAGUUCUUUCAGCGACCACAACUUUGACAUUGACAUUGACAGUUAAUAACAAAACAUCAACUAAGUAUGCAGCAAUAGAUGCACAAACAGAUAACAAAAUACAUUUUAACCUGUUUAUCAUUAUUGUAGUUGCAACAGUGACAGCUUCUGUAGUCCUUGUUGUGUCAAUAGUUAUCUGUAUUAUUCGGCGAAAUGAUCAAAGGAACGUACAAUACAGUUCAGGAGUUGAUUUUCCUAAAAAACUUUGGGAUACAAAUAAAGAAUCAGAAAAUUUAUGUGAACAGAUGUCACCUCAAACAGACCCUACUGCUACUGUACUGAGUGCAAGUGGAGAAAGAAAUCUCUACCCAGCAGUACCCAGGGGUCAACUUCCUUCGACAUAUGAUUCUAGUUAUCACUGGAAAGGUUCAAUUUCAAGAAUUCCAUGUCAAGCAACAGCAGAGGAAACACAUCAGAUGUGUAUUAAAGAAACACCCAUGACAUCUGAUGGCAGAAUUGAUAAACUGUGUACAGUUAUAUCCCUUGGCCGCUCCAAUGAGCUUUCCACAAAAUCACCUCCUGCUGAUAAUGGGCAGAACUGGAGCGAUGCAGAUGCUGGACUCUAUGAAGAAUUACCAGAUGUCCACUCUAGCAAACAUAAACAACUUCAGAACACAGACAAAAACAGGCCAGUACAAGUACUAACUAAACCUGUAGAUAUCAAACCCUCUUCCAGAUGUUUUUAUCAAACAAAAGUUGACCACAAAAAUGAAACUAAUAAUUUAAAAAAGAAUUCUGUAAACAGCGACAAUCAGAAUACAUCUUCAGAAUGUUGGAAUUUACCAGAAAAAAACAGUUUCACAUCUUAUGCCAAGCCAUUUCCAUCAGUAGCCAAAUUAUCAUAUGCAUAGAGUAUGGUGAAGUUACAUUUUACGCAAAGGCAUGGAAAUUAAGCAAAAACUUCAGUGACAGCAGAUGUUUUAUGAAAUAUUAAACACUACUUGAUGGCAAGUAUGUAUUUACAAAAUUAUACAUUCAUACAUAAACUACUGAGUUGUUGAAUUUCUCACAGAUUACAUGAUAAAGUAGUUUGGAAAUAUCAUAACACAACUUGUAAUGUCUCAUGAAUUAAACAUACAUAUGAAAUUUCUGUUUCUAAAAUGGCUUUGCUAAAUAUAGCAAACAGAAAGGAAGGAAAAAAAAAAGAAAAAGAACAUAAAAUGUAUUUGGUGGUGGUUUGUGUAUUGGGGGGUGGGGUAUUUAAAAAGAAAAAAUGUAAAAAGAAUUUUUGAAAUCCAAAGAACUAUAUCAUGUUAAUUUCAAAAAGGAACCAUUAUGCAAAUAAUAUACUGAUCAUUUAAGAUCUAGAUCUCUGUGUCCACGACUCAUUGGAUGAACAAUUCAAGCUACUUUGACAAACUUAUAACUUGUGUAUGAAGUAAUGCAUGGUUGUGAUAGAGGAAUUUAUCUCAACUUGCUGCAACAAAAAACAAAACAAAAUCAUUGGAAAAUAUUUCUAAGUUUUUACCUUAACAACAAGAUUCAUAUUUAUUAUGCUUCUGUUUUCCUUUUUUUUAUAUAAUUUAUGGUGACAAUUCUCUUUGUCACUUUUUACGACACUGAUUUCAUCCUUUAUUUCUCAAAAUAAACAUCUAAAUCCUAACCAUUUUAUGAAAAAAUUCCUUUAUUUCGUGAUUUAUUUUGAUACAUUAUCAGUAAUACAUCUCUCUUCAUUUCAUUUUGAAAUAUUAUAUAUUUUUUACUUCCAAUGCCUGAUAUUGUCAGCCAUUGUUUAUUUGUGUUUGAACUUGAGCAUGUUCCUACCCAAUUUUUUUAUUGCCGACCAUGAACAAUGUAAAUUUUCAUUUGUGUUAAAUAUAUUGAUGUUAAAAGAAAUAUUUCCUGUUUAGCUAUAUAUUUCU